GGCAACGUAGCGUAAAUACUAAAUAGUAGUAAAUGAACAUACCGGCAAAUACCUAUUCUUUUGUAUUUAAUUUUCCACGAAUUUUGCAAGAAAACUCACUCCACAAAGCAAGCUCUAGUGCAACUUUUAGAUUAAAUUAUAAACAAACUAAUUUAUUAGAAAAAUGCUUAUCAAAGUGAAGACUUUAACUGGUAAAGAAAUCGAAAUAGAUAUCGAACCCACAGAUAAGGUAGAACGAAUAAAGGAACGGGUAGAAGAAAAGGAAGGCAUUCCACCUCAACAGCAACGACUUAUAUUUUCUGGGAAACAAAUGAACGAUGAGAAGACUGCGCAAGAUUAUAAAGUACAAGGUGGCUCUGUACUUCAUUUAGUGUUAGCCUUACGAGGAGGAUAUUGAUAAUAAACAAUACUGUUACAUACUAUAACGUCUAAUAUACCGUAAUGAUUGUUAA